AUGAAUGAAAGUACAAAUGACAAGAAUGAUUUUAUGACAGACAAGGUUUUAUCAUAUAAACCAUCCAAGGAGGAAAUUAAAUAUUAUCAUAAUAAUAAACAGAAAAGUAUAAGAUAUAUAUUCUGCAAUCAAGAAUUAGAUGAUUAUGAAAAGGAAAAAAUAAAAGAGCUAAAAGAUUUUGUCAAUAAUUUAAAGCAAAAAGAGUGGGAACAAAAAAAAGUGGAGGAAGGAAAGGAAAAAGCAGAAACGUACGAGUCUCUAUUUGCUGAUACUGUAUUUAAUGAUGACAAUUACGUACUAAGAUUUUUACAAGGAAAUGAGUACAAUUUUGAAAAAUGUUAUUAUGAUAUGGUAAGACACUUGGAAUGGAGAAAAGAAAAUCUUCCAGUGAAAUACGAGGACGUUAAGGAUAUAUUAAAUAAUGGCUAUAUCUACGUUCAUGGAAGGGAUAAACAAAUGCACCCUAUAAUUGUUAUCAACUGCAAAAAUUUUAUUACAGCAAAUGCUAAAGACGUUUUAAAGGUAGUGUACUACUGGCUGGAGUACAUUAUAUCGAAACUAUUCGUUGAAGGAAAAAUUGAACAGUGGCGAGUCAUCGUGGACCUAAGUUCCUGUGGUGUUUUAAAUAUACCUAUAGGAACAUUAAAGGAUAUUUCCAGAUGCUUAAGUUGCAAUUAUAGAUCGAGGUUGUCAAAAAUGUUAGUACUGAGUGCACCCCUGUUUGUAACUGGAAUAUGGCAUAUGCUUAAGUCCAUCAUACCUGUUGUUACACAGCAAAAAAUUACUAUAUCAUCAUCGGAAAUAGAUAAAAAAUUGUUAGAUCAAGUCGACGUGGACCAACUAGAAAGAAAAUUCGGAGGAACAUGCGAUAAUGCAACCGUGUUUACAGAACCUAUUAUGCCUUAA